CCAGAUACGCAUGCGCAUUAAAGGAAGCGCGGAAGUAGCUGCGGCUCUGUUGUGCGCUGACAACAGACCGACAGCUGCAGAUGGACAAAAGCUCGCCCUCACGUGUUCUUCCACGCUGAAUUCUCGCCUGUGUAACGUCGAGGGGGCUUCACAGAUGUCUUGAACAUGGCGGAGGUUGUUCGGACAGCAGCUGUGGUUUUAUACCUCUGGAGCGUUUUCAUGCAGUUCAGUCGCCUGUCAGGUCUGGGGAUCAAUGAACUGCUUUAUUUCCGGGUGAUCAGUCCAGAGGAGAUAGGGUACAUCUUCAGUGCAGCACCUGCUAAAGACUUCGGAGGAGACUUUACAUCAUCCUAUGAUGAGAUUUUCCUAGUGCCAGCAAAUCCGGCAGAUGGCUGCUCAGACCUGAAGGACAGUGAAAUCAUCCAGGGACAAGUCAUCCUGGUGGAACGAGGAGGCUGUUCCUUUGUUCAAAAGGCCCGACAUGUGGAGGAGGCAGGAGGCAAAGCUGUUCUCAUUGCUGAUAAUGCUGAGGACAAUGACAGUCAGUACCUUGAUAUGAUAACUGAUGGAAGCACUGUCAAACCAAGCAUACCUGCUCUGUUCCUGCUGGGACGUGACGGGAUGAUGAUCAGACGGUCUCUUCAGAGACAAGCACUGCCGUGGGCGGUCAUUUCAAUUCCUGUCAAUGUUUCCUCGUUGGCCUCUUUCCCACUCAAGCAGCCCCCAUGGACACUGUGGUAGAAAUGACCCGUCCACAACUUGAUGCACCCCCUCACUCAGUAAACACACUGUCAUCAGUUAGGAGUGCACAGCCACGCAGGGAAAUUCUGCUGGUGGUUAAACAAAUUCACACGCAAAGGCAGGCGGCUGACAUUAACAUAUGUACACAGGAUGAUGAUUAUACACCUAAGUACACAGCCAAAGGCCUGUGGAGCAAACUUUGAAAAGUGUCCAAAUGGACUCUGUCACGACUCAUUCAUGCUCAGAGAUAGAUACUCAUAGUGAUAGAGCCCUCUGUCUGUACGCUGCCUUUAUUUCAUCCAUAUUUGUGCCCGUUCUCUGAAAGCUGAAAUGGAGCAGUACCACCAGAAUCUUAGGGGCAGUGUAGCAGUGAGACAACCAUAGACGUCUGAAAGGUCAUCGUCAGUUUCUGUCAGUGGUAAAGUGAAACAAAAUUCUCUGUCCACAUGCCUCCAUGUAUUCACUGGCCUCACUGACCGCUGCCACCUACAAUGCUGCCUUCACUCAAGCCUCUUUCUGUACAGGUACAUUAUCAUAACCUCCCCCACCACUCCUCCUCUGUUGCCAUGUCUGUUGUUGUCCAUACUGCUUGACUCUGAGCUGCCCUCUAGUGGAUGUGUGUCUUACUAUCCAUGCCAACUUGAAGGAUGCGUAGUAGCAUGUGUGGGCAGUUAAGGUUACAUCAUUUCGAGAUGGAUGUAUCUGUUUUUGCACAUAAAAGGGGGCAUAAAUAAUGUCAGCUGAAGUUAACUGAAUCAGCCAGUAGUUUUGAAGAUAAUGAGACUCUUUUCCAGUCGAAUAGUCUCAAGGAGCAUCUGCACAGGUGAUUUACUGAUGAGUAGACAGUCGUUAAACUGUGUAAACUUGAUACACAUCAAUACAACCCUUUCAAAUUGAAGUGCACGGUUUCUCUUGCAUUGUCAAAUAGUACAAACUCCUGCAUAAGCUUCUAUGUGGGGAAAUAUAAGCUAUGACCACACCGUGCAGCGCACCUGGAAAGUAACCUACUGUAAAUAUGUCAGUACAUUCCUGCUUAUUUGCAUGAACUUUAACAGGGUGACCAUGAAUUGGACAUUGUUCUCUUCUGCUUAAUAAAUAUAGAAUGUUUUUUUUU